AUGUGCCUUCGCAGGAUUGAAGUCUAUGUCGGCGCUGGAAUGGGAUCCAAUUCCGAUAGAAAUGGGAUGACUGGGCGAGGUAACACCCCUGAUUGGCCCACUCAUCGUUGCGGUGAUAGAGAGGGAAAGGCCGGCAUCCUCCGCAUCACCAAUAUCCUGAACCCUUUGCGAGAAGUUGCCCCAACAAGUCCGCCAUCGAUUACCGAAAACCAAGCCUGUAGUGGCGGGCCCGUUUCCGUACUUUGGGGCAAUGACAGUGGGAAUGACGAGUUUGACCCCAUCGACCUCAAUGCCUUGCUUCAAUUCGUGUACAUACUUGAUGACUACCACCACCAAACCGCCAGCUGGAAUGUUUCCGAUGCUGGUUGUAAAUACCUCACUGGUAUCCUGGGAAAACAAAGCAGUGACUCUUCCCGCAGAUUUAGCAGCUUCAUAGAUGGCUUUUGCUUCGGCCCUCUGCUUGACCACUCCACUAAUUGUCUUCUCCCCAACCAAAGCCUGGAAGUCCGUGACAGAGGAGGAUCCGUAGAGAGGGAAUGUAUACAGGGCUUCGGAGAUGUCCCUAGUUGACGAAUUGUUAUACACCUGCGUGAGUGAAUGGGAGGCGGUGAGAUCCACGAUGUGAGAUUUCAGUGUGGUUGAAAUGAGAGGGAGGGACUGCAGGCAGCCACUAUCGACAUGGGUAACUCGGGUGGUCAUGAGGGCGAUCAGCGUGGUAUUGAGAGUGUGUUUGUUUUUGAAAGACGGCAGAUUUACGAAGGGGAAUUGAGGGGACUCUAUAGAAUUUUCUGAAGCCGAAGACGGCCACGAGGUAUAAUAAUUAACGCAAAUUAUUAAAAA